GCCGCCGCUGAGGAAGCCGUGCGCCGUCCGCGUGCACCGUGCGGGAGGAUUCCGUUCUCUCUCUUUAAAUGCGAAGGUGGUUUAAUAAGAAGGAGCCAGAAAUCCUGCAGCAGUGUCAGCCUUUCCCUCCUCCUCCUGUCACCGCGCAGCUCCAGACAAGGACGGCCAGCAGGGUCUCCAACAUCCAGCGUGUGUGUGCGUGCGCGCGCGUGUGUGUGUGUGUUCUGUCAGCCUGCUGCGGUUUGAGGGAGGACGUUUCGUAAUGCUCUCUAAAACUGAGAGGAAGGAAGGCUGUUUUCUCACCGUCUGCAGCCUGCUCGCCGUUUUCCUGCCGGCGGAGGCGCAGCAGCGGCAGCAGCAGCAGCGGCUCGGCUGACAGCUCUUUCCUCUUCAUUCAGGCUCUGGACGGCUGCACUUCUCUGUAUUUUACCAGCGUUAUCAUUAUUUUUUUGAAUCCACCCUCUGACAGAGGAGCGCCUGAGACGGAACCAACCUUCUCCUCCUGCUUUUUGUUUUUAACGCGAUCCAGUUUGAAUUGAGGAGCAACAGAGGGAUUAAACAUUCCUGCUGCCAGCAGCACACACUGCGUGUGUGUGUGUGUGUGUGUGUGUGUGUGUGUGUGUAAGAGAGAGAGACACACACUGGGCUCACAUUGUGAGAGAGGAACGGUUGUGGCAAGAAAGACGGCUAUAAAUAGCGCAUGCAAUUCUCGAAAACUAUCACAAGUGGUGCAUCAGCUCGUGGAAGCAGGACGGAACCAGCAGCGGCUCUGCCCUCCGCUCCAGCCCCGGCUCGUCCCCACAAGUUCGGACUCGGUGUCUGGCGGCUGUUGUGAUUAUUAUUUUUUUUUUUUUUUUGUCUUCUGGAGGGGAGAAGAAGAAGGGAAAAAGUGGGGGAAACACACGAAAAGCUCCGGAUGCGUGAUGGAUUACGAGGAAACUCCGCGCGCGGUGGAUCGACAUGGAUCCGUGCGUGCCGCUCCUGGCUGUUGACACGGAUCACAUUUGGGAUCGCCUGACCUGGAUUGUAACGAUGUUGUGAUCUCUCUCUCUUUCUCUCUCUCUGUGUCUCUCUGUCUCUCUCUCUCUCUCUCGCGCGCGCACACGCUCGGAUUUAACGACGUAUCUGCCGCUCGGAGCUUUUUAUGGAUGCGUCCCGCACUUCUCUCUGAAAACGCCCAUUUUCUCAGCCGACCAUCCCGACUCGAUUCCCCCGACCCCCGCUGCUUGUUUUGGGCAGAACCCGAACCGAUCGGCCACCCUCCUCCUCCUCUUCCUCCUCCUCUUCCUCCUCCUCCUCCUCCUCCUCCCUGCUCGGUGUUUGGUACCGAUGUAGGAUUUCGACAUGCCCCGCGCUGACGACCCCAAAGGCGGACGAGUAUGACUGCGACGGCGAACUGGGUGGCGAACGGGGCCAGCCUGGAGGACUGCCACUCCAACAUCUUCUCUCUGGCGGAGCUGACGGGGAUCAAGUGGCGCUGCUACAGCUUCCGCAGCGGCGGGGAGUACGGGCCGCUGAUCUCGGCGCCGGCGCAGGACGACCCGGUGCUGCGCAGCUUCAUGCGCUGCGUUCAGGCCAACCUGCUCUGCGUGUGGCGCCGCAAGGUCAAGCCCGACGCCAAGGAGCUGUGGAUCUUCUGGUGGGGCGAGCAGCCCAACCUGGCCGACGUCAUCCACCACGAGCUGGAAGUGGCGGAGGAGGGCUUCUGGGAGUGCGGCCUGUCCUACGAGUGCCGGACCCUCCUGUUCAAGGCCAUACACAACCUGCUGGAAAGAUGUCUGAUGGAUAAGGGCUUCGUGAGGAUCGGGAAAUGGUUCUUCAAGCCACACGGACUGGAAGGGAAGUCCCUGGGAAACAGCGAACACCUGUCCUGCUCCUUCUCCUUCUUCCUCCACGGCGAGAGCAACGUGUGCACCAGCGUGGAGAUCGCCCAGCACCAGCCCGCCUACCACAUCACGGAGAACCACAUCCGCCUGGCGCAGACCUGCGUCGCGCCCGUGCAAGUGGUGCUGUGUCCGUACGGCCUGAGCGGGACGCUCACCGGCCAGGCCUUCAAGAUGAGCGACCCGGCCGCACGCAAGCUGAUGGAGGAGUGGAGCUACUUCUACCCCAUGGUGCUCCGGCAGGACCAGGGCGAGCGGGAGGCGGCGGGCCCGGCGUCCGACCGCAGCGGCCACGUGGCCGUGGAGGUCGUCGUAGGUGGGGUGAGGAUGACCUACCCAGCUGCCUUCGUGCUGAUCGCCCAGGGGGACCUGCCGGCGGAGCAGCCUCCACCUGUUCCUGCAGCUCAGGGCCUCAACAAAGAGCUGAACCACUGCAGCGUGCCGCUGACGCCCCCGACUUCUCCAGAACAGCCCUGCUCGGCGGACAGCGGCUUCGUGACGUCGGUCUCCAGUGUCAACACUCUGGACAGCACCAUGGGGAUCGCCAGCAUCAGCCCAAAGCAUUGUGGGAAGACGCUGACGUGCCAGGUGGUGCACCAGGCCUGGAGGGAGUGCCACCUCAGCCAGCCGCAGCACGCACCGACGCCGCCGGCCGACGCCACGCCGAGGAAGGAAGCGCCAAACGGAGCGACCACGUGGGACUUCAACGAUCUGGGAGCCAGAGCCCCCUGCAGCUGCUCCAGGUUGAAGCAGCAGAAGGUGAACCUGUCUGCCGCGUCCACUGCCAACCCCCCCUCCGGGGCCAACCCGUCCCAGUCCUCCGGCACGUCCUCGUUCCCCCCGUCCGCCCCCAAACACAAGACCAGCGAGAAAACCGACAAAGACAAGCAGUCCAAGAGGCCGGCGGCCGUCCCCUUCCACCACCGCCUGUCCGUCACGCAGGAGGCCUCGCUGGAGCAGGACCCCCCGGGGGGGCCCCAGCUGGGGGGCCUGGUGGCCCUGGAGCCCCCCAUCGAGCCCCUGGCCCCCAUGCAGACCUGCAAGUACUCCAAGCCCCCCUCCAACGGCAGGAAGGGCCCCGAGUCGCUGCUCCACUCGCCCGUGUCGCCGCUCCCGCCCACCCUCAGCCCGCACCCCCGCGUCCAGGACCCCGAGGCUCCGGACGGACCCGUGGACGUCCCCGUCUGCCCGGAGGGGGCGUCGGGCCUGGGCGCCAUCGCCAGCGAAACGGCGGCGUACGCCGCCCUGCUGAGGCAGCGGGAGAGCGGGGCGGGCUGGUGGAGAGGCUUCAGGACUCCCAGGACCGACAAGAGUGACUUCAGGCCGCCUGAGCUGCCGUCCGACAAACUGGAGGAGGUCAAGACGGAGACCGCCGCCGAGGGAGCGCCGCUGAAGAGGUUGUACACUCAGACUCACACGAGGUUCAAGCUGUCCGAGGAGAAGGUGAGAGACCACGUCCACACGCUGGGCCUGUUCCAGCCGCCCGGCGUGGGGCCGCUGCGCGACGGCGGCGACGACCCCUACGACUUCAAGGAGGGAGACAUCGAGUACACCUUCGCCUCCUCCAAGAGGUUAAAGGGUCAGGGACGAGAACCCAGCAAGAAGGCAAAGGGAGAAGAAAUCACCAGCAACGGCGCGCUGCCCGAUGGGAAGGACGCCAUGUCCAUCUUUAACUCGGCCCCUAAGUCAGACGAGUCGGUCCAGGAAGACGCCGCCGCCAAAGCCAAUCCCUCGCUGACCAGAGAGAAAGACCUGGUGGUCAACAUCUCCGAUCUGGACAACAUAUUCGAUGAAGACGAGGAGGAGUUGGGGACUGUUUACCCGAACCAGCAUUCCACUAAAGCCCCAGUGUCGACAGAAGAGCGUCCUGCGGGGAAGGAAGGGCGCGUCGCAGUGCCGUACCCAUCCACAGUAGCAGAUCUCCAGCGGAUGUUUCCCACCCCGCCCUCGCUCGAGCAGCACCCGGCCUUCUCCCCCAUCAUGACGUACCGCGACACGCCGAGCCAGGAGCCGCCGGCGCCCGGCGGAGCCGCCGACCACCUGCCGGCGUUCGCCUCCACCCAGCUGACCGAGUACAGGAUGGAGAUGGAGGAGGGCGUGGCCAGUCCCAGGCAGGACGACGUCAAGCCUCAGGUGGGCUCCUCCAUGUUCGCCCCGCUGUCCUGCCUCCCCAGCCAGACGCUGCCUCCGCUCAAGGUUCCCGAUCAGUGUUUCUACCGCCCGUCCUGGGCCCUGCUGCCCAAAAUGGAGCACUUUCCCGCAGUCAUGCAUCCUCAGAGCGCUGCUUUCAGCAAGGACGGAUACACGAAUGUCCCCAGCGUCAACGCCCUCCUGGACCAGGACUACGGCCAGCUGAGCGCCGCCUCGGCCUCGCUCGGCGCCGCCGUCGGCAUCCUCCCGUCCCCCGCCACCCCGCGCUUCUCCGUGCCCACGCCCCGGACGCCGCGCACGCCCCGGGGCCCGAGCGCCGCCGGCUCGGGCCAGGGCUCGGUGAAGCAGGACGGCACGGAGCUGAGCUCGCCGGCGUCCACGCCGUCCACCGGCCUGCCCCUCAGCUCGGUGGAGCCGCUGGCGCGGCCGCUCGCCGGCCCCUCGCUGCCCGAGGCCCACAGCCUCUACACCGUCCUCCUGCUGUCCGACUCCGUCCUCAGCGUCUUCAAGGACCGCAACUUCGACAGCUGCUGCAUCUGCGCCUGCAACUUGAACGUGAAGGGCGCGGACGUGGGCGUCUACAUCCCGGACUCCACCCGCGAGGACCAGUACCGCUGCAUGUGCGGCUUCAGCGCCAUCGUCAACCGGCGGCUGGCCCACGGCACGGGCCUCUUCCUGGAGGACGAGCUGGACAUCUACGGCCGCGCGUCGGAGGCGGGCCGGGCGGCCGAGCGGCGCCUGGCGCUGUGCCGGCGCGAAGCGUCCCCCGCCUCGCCCUCCGUCAUGGCGCUCCUCCAGGAGCAGUGCUCGCAGCCCAUCUCCUCGCUGGCCUCGCUCCGGCCGCCGCCCCUCGGCGGCUCCUCGCACGGCCGCAAGGCGGCGCUGCUGCAGAGCUGGAUGUCGGAGAAGCAGUGGGCGGACGGCAGCGACGCCUGCGUGGAGUGCUACAACGCCCUGGAGCAGGGCCUGCAGUACGUGGACAACCCCAGCGGGGGCAGGGUGGACGCCGCCGUCGUCAGGAGCACCGCCCUCCACUCCUGGCCGCACACUAACGUGGUGGACAUGAGCCUGCUGUCGUCGCAGGACACGGUCCGCAUGCUGCUGUCUCUGCAGCCCUUCCUGCAGGACGCCAUCCAGAAGAAGAGGACCGGCCGGACCUGGGAGAACAUCCAGCACGUCCAGGGUCCGCUCACCUGGCAGCAGUUCCACAAGAUGGCGGGACGCGGCUCCUACGGUUCUGAGGAGUCGCCGGAGCCGCUGCCGAUCCCCACGGUGCUGCUGGGAUACGACCGGGAGCGGGACUUCCUGGCCCUGUCCCCGCUGGCGCUGCCGUUCUGGGAGAAGCUGCUGCUGGAGCCGUACGGCGGCCAGCGGGACGUGGCCUACGUGGUGCUGUGUCCCGACAGCCCGGCGCUGCUGGCCGCCGCCCGGGCCUUCUUCCAGGAGCUGGGCGCCGUGUACGAGACGUGCCGCCUGGGGAAGCACCGCCCCCUGGCCAGGGUGUCCCGGGACGGCCUGGUGCCGGUGGGGGAGGCCGCGGAGGCGGAGACGGCGGAGGAGGCGGAGGCGGAGCCGUGGCUGAGCGGACCCUGGGCCGGACAGCAGCAGGCGGACAACCUGGGCAGGCUGAAGCUCUACGCCCACGCCUGCCGGCAGCAGCUCGGUCCGCAGCUCUCCGCGCUGCCGCUGGACGCCAGCCUGCUGGCGCCGCCCAAAGCGCCGCCGCCGCCCGCCACCGGCUCCUCCUCAGCGCCGCCCGCCUCCUCCGGACAGCCGCAGGCCUGGACCGCCGACGGGGAGCAGGCGGCGGGGCCCGGCGCCGCCGCCCCGACCGGCGCCGCCGCCCCGGGCCAGACGGCGGAGGCGACUCAGGGGGCAGCCGGAGACGCCAAGGGAGCGACGAGCUCCACGCCGCCGGCCGCGACACCGGCAGAACACCCUGACGGCUCCGCCGAACACUCCCGGAUCGGCAUCCCCACCGGGGCCGACAGCGUGGACGGCCACGCCAACCCGCCGGCCGUCGUCGUCUACAUGGUGGACGCCUUCCUGAGCCUGAGCGGCGGCGGCGAGGAGGAGGAGGCGGACGAGGCGGAGGCGGGCAGCGUCUGGCUGCUGGGCCUCCUCCGCUGCUUCGCCGAGAUGCUGCAGACGCUGCCGGAGGCGCUGCGGCCGGCGCUGGUGCUGCAGGUGGUGCCCUGCGAGUUCCUGCUGCAGCCGCCCGGCGGCGAGCGCCACCUGUACCUGCAGCACCUGCGCUCGCUGGCCUUCUCCUGCUACUCGCAGAGCCGGCGGCUGCUGCCGCAGCAGACGCACAUCAAGUCCCUGACCGGCUUCGGCCCGGUGUCCACCGUCAGCUCCGCCCUGCGCAGCCCGGAGCAGCCCGGCCCGGUGCAGCUGUACUCGCCGCCCUUCAUCCUGGGCCCCACGCGGCCCAAGCAGCCCGAGCCGGGGGAGGUGUGGGCCGAGCCGCCCCCCAGGUACAACGUGCUCUACGUGGGCUACUGCCUCUCCCACGACCAGCGCUGGAUCCUGGUGUCCUGCACCGACCAGCAGGGGGAGCUGCUGGAGACCUGCGUCAUCAACGUGGACGUUCCCAACAGAGCGCGGCGCCCCGGCGUCUCGGCUCGGAAGAUGGGCCUGCAGAAGCUGUGGGAGUGGUGCGUGGGCCUCAUCCAGCGGACCUCGCUGCCCUGGAGGAUGGUGAUUGGCCGGUUGGGCCGGCUGGGUCACGGGGAGCUGAAAGACUGGAGCUCCCUGCUGGGCGAGCACUCGCUCCACUCCGUCGGCCGCCAGCUGAGGGAGGCCUGCCGGCUGUGCGGCAUCUCGGCCGCCGACUCUCCCAGCAUCCUCAGCGCCUGCCUGGUGGCCAUGGAGCCGCAGGGCUCCUUCGUGGUCAUGCCCGACGCGGUGACCAUGGGCUCGGUGUUCGGCCGCAGCACCGCCCUCAACCUGCAGACGUCGCAGCUCAACACGCCUCAGGACGCCUCCUGCACCCACAUCCUGGUCUUCCCCACGUCCGCCACCACCCAGCUGGCGCCCAGCUCCUACCCCACCGAGGACAACAACGACGACAUGUUCGACCUGCCCUUCCCCGACGAGCUGGAGAACGACAUCGGCCACGACAUGAUGCUGAUCACAGGGAACCUGCACCCCUCCCCCACCUCCUCCCCCGUGCCGUCGCCCGGCUCGCCGUCCGGGAUGGGGAUGGGCUCGCACUUCCAGCACGCCCGGGGCCAGGGCGAGCGCCUGCUGUCCCGGGACAACCCCCCCGAGGAGCUGAAGCAGCAGCCGUUGGCUCUGGGCUACUACGUCUCCACCGCCCGGGCCGCCGGCCUGCCGCACUGGUUCUGGGCCUCCUGUCCGCAGGCCGAGGGCCAGUGCCCGCUCUUCCUCAAGGCCUCGCUCCACCACCACAUCUCCAUCGCUCAGUCAGAGGAGACGGCGUCGGACAAGACCAAGAGGACCCCCCACCCCCUGGACUCCAAGACCACCUCCGACGUGCUCAGGUUCGUGCUGGAGCAGUACAACGCCCUCUCCUGGCUGACCUGCACUCCGGCCACCCAGGACCGCCAGUCCUGCCUGCCGGUCCACCUGGCCGUCCUGACCCAGAUGUACAACGCCAUCCUGACCAUGCUCUAGCCCCGCCCCCACCAGGAGAGGACUGAGGCUCCCCUCGUUUCGUGCCUACGCCUUCCCCCCGCCACCAGAGGGCGGCAGAGCGCCUCUGGACGUGGAUGGAGGAGCGUCUCUCCUGGAAUGUAGUGAACCGAGGUCCGGUCCGGGUCCCGGGUGCAGGCUGGACCUCUGGACCAGGAUCUGGAUGGAGGCGGUGUUUCCCCUCCCCCUCCGUCCGGCAGCACCAGCAGAGCAGCGCCGCCCGUCCAGGAAGUCUCCACCGGGUCUUUUUUGUACAGAACUGCACUGUGGAGCUUCAGCAGUCGCUUCCGGUUCCCUUUGUGAAACGGCACUUUCUGUUUUUUCUUCUCCCCUCAGUGGGGCUGUUUAUAUUGUCAGACAUACAUUUACAGAGAAUGGAAGCUUAUUUUUAAUAUUUAAAGCAGAAAAGGCCUUUUUACCCGUCCGGCUGACCUGCCGGGACCCGAAAUGAGAAAAUUUGUCCUUUUAAAUGCAAUUGUAAAGAUGCCAUAUUUAUACAAAUUAUAUCAUGUCAUAGAAUUUGAUAUAUAGAUAUAUCUAUAUAUAUACAUAUAUAUAUAUGAAUAUAAAUAAAUGUAUAUACAUAAAUAUAUAUUACCUCUUCCAAGCAGGCACUUAAUGAUGUGGACUCAGUAUAUCAAAGAAGAUGCAUUGUAGUUUCUUUUUUUUUUAUUAUUAUUUUCUACAGAUACUGAACAUUUUACUGUUUUAUUUAAUUAAAUUAAAUUGAUGCAGGAGAUACAGUAUGCUGUAUAUUUAUAAAGUGUUCCUAUUCUGCUCAAAAAG